CCUCUUCACGACGGAGCCGCUCGUUCGAGAUUAAAAACUUCGGCGUAGUAGGGAAAUAGCCACAGGAAGGACACCGAACUAAAACAACCACCUACGUUUACAUAAUAUCUCACCUCGUACACAACUUCAUCAUCAUGGGUCGAUUGACAGGAAUCCUCGCCGGCAAGAGUGCCAUCAUCACCGGCGGCACUACCGGCAUCGGCCGUGCCAUCUGCCUCGAGUACCUGCGACAGGGCGCCGACGUCGUUGUCAACCACCUGGGCCUGGAGAACGACCUGAAGCACCUGGACUCGCUCAUUGCCGAGGCCGAAGCCAUACGCAAGGAGGUGCCCACUGCUGGCCACUUGGCCCACGAAAAGGGCGAUGUCCGCAGCCCCGAGACGGCCGCCAAGCUGGUCGCCGCCGCCGUCGAGCACUCUAAAGCGAAGCGCCUGGACGUGUGCGUGUCCAACGCUGGUGUCUGCACCUUCGCCGACUUUUUGACGCUGUCACCGAACCUGCUGGAGACCACUGUGCGGACCAACCUCGACGGCGCCUUCUACGUGGUGCAGGCCGCGGCCCAGCAGAUGGCCCUCCGCCAGACUCCCAAGGGCGGUAGCAUCAUCGGCCUGUCGUCCAUCUCGGCGCUCGUGGGCGGUGGCCUGCAGACACACUACACGCCGACCAAGGCGGGCGUCCUGAGCUUGAUGCAGAGCACGGCCGUGGCCCUCGGCGAGCACAAGAUUCGCUGCAACGCGCUGCUGCCGGGCACGAUCCGCACUCAGCUCAACGACGCCGACCUGGCUGACGACACGAAGCGCGAGUACAUGGAGGGCCGCAUCCCGCUGGGUCGCACGGGCGAGCCGGCCGACAUGGCUGGGCCGGCCGUGUUCCUGGCCUGCGAGGAGUUGAGCGGUUACGUGACGGGCGCACAGCUGUUGGUGGAUGGCGGUCUGUUUGUCAACCUGCAGUGAGAGGGGUGAUGGAGAAGGCCGGAGACGGGCAUGGCCGCGUAUCCCCAAGGGAGAGGGAUCAAGGCAUCGAGGGAGACAUCGAGA